AUGGGAAUGGUCGUCGGCGCCAUGUGUGCCGUGACGGGUGUGCUCACCAUCUCCCUGCCGGUGCCCGUCAUCGUGUCCAACUUCUCCAUGUUCUACUCGCACACGCAAGCGCGCUCAAAACUGCCGAAACAGCGGCGCCGAGUGCUGCCAGUCGAGGCGGUCCGUCCGAAGGUCGGCGCCGCUGCCGGCGCCUUCAAGGGCCUGGGCUCGAGUCCGGCCACGGGCGGUCUGAUUGGGCCAGGCGUGACAGCUUUUCGUCCGAGUCGCGCCGGACAGACGCAGAACAGUCCCGCCAACAGCGUCCCGGGUCAGACGAACGCCGCCGCCUUCGUCUCCACUUCACCGGGCCUCGUCGCCUCGACUGAGAGAGAUGCAACUCCGAGUCCAGGACAUCGCUUCGGCUCGGACGAUCCGCAUGCGCAGCCGAUGGCGUCUAUGGUCGUCAGGAAGAUCUCGACGGCGGGAAGACUGGGCGCCGUUCUGGAGGCGGGACGCCGGCGGACGAGCAGAGUCCAGACCAGCCUGUUGCCGAGGGAGACGGAGCUGGCGGCUGUGGCCAGUCCGACCGAGGUACAGGAGGCCGGGACUCGGACGAGGCAGACGCACAACGAGGCAUGCGCCAAUCUCAACAGCGGAAACGUCGAGGGCUACGCCAAAUGCAAGAAACCAGGUGAGCCACGCAUUUGGAGACAUGCUGUUUCGUGA